AUGGCAAAUACUCGUGUUGACGGCCUCAUAGUCUCCAACACAGCACUCGUCUCGCAAGAAGUCGCAGAGGUCUGCGGUGCCACGGCUGGUCUGGUCCCAACAGUUGGCACCGUCUAUGGUGGUAUCAGUGGACCUCCUCUACGUGCUCCCUCCACAGCUUGUCUAGCCCGUUUGCACCAGCUGACCCAGGCUUCCAGGUUGCCGCUGAUUGGCGUUGGGGGCGUUGACUCAGGUGAAGCCGCUGCUGAGAAACUGGCUGCUGGUGCAAGUCUGGUGCAACUUUACACCGGUAUUGCUUACCAUGGACUUCCGCUUGCCAGGAAGGUGGUGCGAGAAUUGGCCGAACAGAUAUGA